AUGGAAACUCACAAUCUCUGUCAUCCAUGGAGAGUCUUCAAAAUGGUUGAACUUAUAGAUAUCAUGAGACAAAAAAAUGAUGAGGCAUUUACGGAACUUCUUAAUAGAAUUAGAACAGCUUCUCAUACAGAGGAUGAUAUUAAAGUUAUUCAGUCAAGAUGUAUAACACCUUCCGAUCCAAACUAUCCCUCCGAUGCCCUUCACAUUUGGGCUGAAAAUGAUCCUGUGAAUGAACAUAACCAAACGAAACUAGAAACAAUUCAAGCACCGCUAUUUGUUCUUAAAGCAAAAGAUCAGUAUGCAAAAAAUGUCAAUAAACAAGAUAUUGAUAGAGUUUUAGCAAGAGGACGUUCUGAAACAUGUGGACUUGAUUUUGAAAUUCAGAUGAAAGAAGGUGCCAGAAUAAUGCUCACUACAAAUAUCAAUAUCCAAGAUCGACUUAUCAAUGGCCAAAUGGGGACUGUAGUUAAAAUUCAGGUGAACGAAAGUAAUAAACCAACUAUCUUAUAUAUAAAAUUUGAUGAUGAAAAUGCUGGGAAAACAUUGAUUAACAGUAGUGCCAACUCUUUCGCCAGAGAAAAUCAUCUUGUACCUAUUGAGCCUGUUCUAGCAAAAAUCAAAGUUAGACCAGGUAAACCUUCUUCACCGGAAAUUCACAGAAUACAGUUUCCUGUUGCACUUUCAUGGGCUUGUACUGUUCACAAAGUUCAAGGACUUACUCUUGAAAACGUCGUUGUUAGCUUAGAGUUGCAUAAACAAAGAUCUUUCAACUAUGGCCAAAUCUAUGUGGCCUUAAGCCGUGCUACGUCUUUACAAGGUUUACACAUACUUGGAGAAAUACAAAGUAAACAUAUAAAGGCAAAUCCGAAAGUUCAUAAAGAAUAUGAGAGACUUCGAAAUUCCUGCUUAAUAGCCUCGACUGAACACAAAUCUUGCAACACAUCGGUUCUAACCAUAUCGCUGUUGAAUAUUAGAUCUCUUAGAAAACAUAGUGAUGAUAUAAAGUUACAUUCACAGUUGUUCAAUUCUGAUGUCCUUGCAUUUACUGAAACACAGCUUCUGGCUAAGGACUCAGACACUGAAAUUACAGCGAAUUUGAAACCUUUUACAAUUUAUCGUCAAGAUCAUGAUUCAGACAAGUACUCCAGCAUGGCCAUCUGUAUUAGAGACACUUUACAAAUGGUGGACUAUGAAUAUUUCCCGUCCCUUAAUGUUCUUAAAUUUGUUCUUGUUGACACUAAACAAAAAGAAACCCGGACCUUCCUUCUACUGUAUAAAAAGAAUAAUUCUAACGUAUCACAAUAUACAGAAUCAUUGGAAUAUCUCCUUAAUAUCCACAAAAUUGACAUGGUUCUUGGUGACUUCAAUAUUAAUUAUUUCAAUGGCACUCAUUCUCAACCACUAAUAUCGUUAAUGGAAUCUCUAAACUAUACACAAAUUGUUACUGAGCCUACGUUUAUUUCUGCCGGUAGUUUAUUGGACCAUGUCUAUGUUAAGCCAACUUCCAUACGAAUAAUGAACAAUUCCGUAGUGAGUGUUUAUUAUUCUGAUCAUGAUGCAGUUGUCACCUCACUACAGUUUUCAAAUAACGUUUUAUAGUUUUAAUUGCUAAACCACAGACACAGUACUGUUGCAAUCAUUUUUAUUAUUUGAAUCGUGAAUGUAAUUUUGUAGACUUUUAUAAUAGAAUACUCAAGUUGUAUGUUCGAAUGCCAACUUUUCUCCAACAGUGACACAAAUCAUAGCUGAACCUCACAAUAACCUAUGACAACGUAAGAAAACAUGUUCUGCUGCAGUUCAUUCUGCAGUGCUGCCCCCAUGAAUGGCAUCUCUUGUGCUUCCCUUCUCAGAUGACCUGGUGGACACUCACACAAUCUAUUAAAGGUAAGUUUUCUCUCUUUUACAGAAGUACAUUCUUCAUAGAGCGUUUGCACUCAUUCCCAGGGACCAACUCAACAAAAACCAUGGCGGCCAUGUUGGUGUUCCAGACAAAACAGUCUUAAAAUUCUUUUGAAUUGGAAUACCAACAUGGCUACUGUGACGUCAUGUGCAAAUGCUCUAUACUAUAUAUAUUCUUUACUGUUCUUAAUUGCAUAAUUAUGUGAUUAUAUUUAGUUUUUAUUUGUUCACUUUUUUAUAGAUCGAAAUCCUGCCUGACCAGCCACGAAAUGCCAUCUUUUUUUUCAGAGCAGCUGUCAUACAUUUCACGCUGGCAGUGGAUUCUCAUUUUAAAGUGGUAAGAAAUAAUUAUGUAUAUUUUAAUAGUAAUAACUAAUAUGUUUCGCACUUACUACUCUGAGUUUUGCACAUUUUUAAUUAAUGCUGCGACCUUCAGGGAAGCAUUUAUACUCAUCACUGCAAUACACAUACAACUGAAACUACACGGAUCAAACUGAAGCUAUUCAGUCUAGUCUGCCCUGGCCUUAAUGAGUGUACGUGCAAAAUCCCAUCUUUCUUUAUCAGCUUCUGGAAACAUAAAUUUAUAGGAUGACUUAUCUUUUAUAUUUAAUUUAGACUCAUUUCCUGUAAACAACGCCACCACCGAUUCACUAAAAAUUACCUUACAAUUCACCUUGUCCUGGUUGCAACUCUCUUUGUACUAAUCAAGGAUUGGUGUAUCAUUAUGGACGACGAAAGCUUGAGUACCUUACCUUGCUAGAUUUGUUCCGCGAAAUUUUACGGUAACACUGUAGUUACCACAACUGUUACAAUUCUGGCUAAAAAAGGAACCACUACUGCAACGAAAAGUACAUCUGUACAAAACGUUACAAACAUCCCAGAAAAAAAGUUACUUUUAAAUUCAUUUGUGAAAUUAUUUCUUGUGUAUUCCCUUUCGUGGCUGGUCUAAAACUAAACCCAAGAACGAGCAGUGUGAUAUUGAAUGAUUAGCAACAAGGACUAUAUUCUUCGUUGAGACUCAAAUCAUAGUUAUCAUGUGCUCAUUGGUUAUCAUGUGCUCAUUGGUUAUCAUGUGCUCAUUAAUUGUUAUCUCAAUAUUGGAAUAUGAUCAAGGAAUAUUGCGUAGGGCAAAAUCUCCAUUGUGCAAAAAGAGAUCGUUCAAGGCAACCGAAAGGCAAAGAAGACAAUGGAAUAGUGUAUCUCAUUGUUUUACUACCAAGAAAUGAUCCACGACAAUGAUUUGAUAAAGCUGAAUUAAAUAUGGUCAAGUGAUUUUCUGUGUGAACCCGACAUACUCUCUAUAGAGAUAUUAUUACUAUACAUUUGAUAUUCAACUAAAUAUGAUUAAAGCACUAGAGAUGUUACCUAUA